GCAGCUAGGAACCCUUUGUUGCGGGUUCAGGGCUCGCAAACGAGGCGGGCGUUGCAAUUCCUGCGGCUUCCUGCGAGGCUGAUGUGGGGAGGCCGGGACGAGUAAGGUGACCCUGGCAAGGGGAGGAGCCGCGCCGCUCGCUUGCAAACCAUGCCUGGACUGCAGAGACCGGGCGCUCUCGUCUCGUCAGCGGCUGGGUCCUUCGCUUGGAUUGCUUUCUCUCAGAUAAGGAACUGUUCAGCCGCUUCAACAUCUUCAGUCCGGCCGGUGAUCGCAGCCAAGCACCCCUUUCAGGUGGACUUGAAAGCUGGGAAAGGUUAUGCUUGGUGUGCCUGUGGAUACAGCCAAAAGCAGCCUUUCUGUGAUGGAUCCCAUAAAAAAAGUGCCCCAGAAAUCUCCCCCCUGAGAUUCAAACCAGAGGAAGCGAAAGAGGCCAGGCUAUGUGGCUGCAAAUACACCAAGAACCCUCCAUUUUGCGAUGGCACACACAAGGAAGAUUUCGUGCAAAAAGCUGAUCUUCAUUCCCAGCCACAGGUGUGAUGUGGGAGAACGAGAGACCUUUGAAGAACAGAAGAAAUACAGAAAUUACCAGAAGAAAAACCUUGGGUGCGAUGUACCAGGGUGCUCUGCACAAGUGUAAUUGAAAGGAAUGGGAAUUAUGCCUCUGCAUUGUGCCCCUGGUGUCUAAGCAAAGACUGUGAAUGCUAUAUGACAUGAGUGAACAUUGGCCAUCCUCACGUGGAAGGCAAGGAGGCUGGUAGCUGUGAUGUCAGUGGUGUUGUGAAUCUGCUCUGGGUUUCAGUUAGAACCAGUCAAAACUCUAAAGGAACUAUCCAAGUUCCUGAACCCGUUUUGGGAGGGAUUGAGUUCAGCACCAUGGAUUGGUUCUUUAGAAUUCUGAUUGAAACCUAGAGCGGAUUUGCAGCCCCACUGACAUUGGAGCCACCAGCCUCCACUGGUGGAGGCAGGGGGGAGUUUUGCUCUUUUCUAAGAGAUUUGCCUGCUUCCUCACACCCCCUUGAAAUAAAAAUACCCUGUAAACUUUUUUAAAAAACUGUUUAUUUGAUUCACCUGCUACCAAUAGGCCCACAACUCAAAUAACAUGGCCCGUAGAUUUUCAUUGGUAGCUACUGCUGACCACAUCACAUCAACAACUCCAUGUUCUAGGCACUGCAAAGAACAAAGAAAGGAUGUGGCCUCCACCCCAGACGGCUAGAUGGUCAAGAUUGGAACUUGGAGGAAGAGGUUCAGGAUUAACAAAUGAUGCAGGGGUGGGGAAAGAAUGUUAAAACAGGUAGCUGUUGCAGCUCAAACACACCUGGUGGAAGAUUUUUCACCUAUCCCCAAACCAACAGGUAAACAUUCCCAAGUAGCAACAAUCUGUUUGCGCUGCGUGAUUGCACCUUUGGGUACUUUGUUAAUUUAAAAUACAAAAAGUAGUAGAAAAAGAAAUCAACAUUCUGCACCAAAGUAGGCUGAAUUCUGUGACCCUGAUUAUUAAUGCAAAUUUGCAUCUGGGUGGUUUUGCGUAAUUUAUUGUGCUUCUGGUCAAGGCAGGAAGGCCACCAUUUUAGGCUCACCAUGCAUUGCCUACACACUUUUCUACACAACCAGAAAGGCUAUGAACUGAUUCUUGAGCUGGAUUUGGGCUUUAGUACUGCAAUCUGCACUUUUUCUUCAUUGCCCUAGACUCAUGGAAUAUAGAGAGCCUUUUAUGUGCCCAUAACAUGGACAUGCAAAUGUGUUUGGGGGCAAGGGAGGGAAUAAUAGAAGUUGAGGGGAAAUGAGUUGCAGAGGGUGAGGGGGCAGAGGCCAAGGGGGAGGCGAGUUAAUCUUUGGCACACUAUCUCCCCUUCCAGCCUUGGUUACGAAGAGCCCCCACAUUCUGCUCUUUUGGGAUGAAGGGGCCUGUAUCUGGAAGGGGACUAGCGUUUUUGGUCUUGGAGAAGAGCAGAAAACAGCUUCAAUGGGAUAUUGAGGCCUCCCCACAAUCCAAAUGGAGCUGCAGACCUUUUGCAUGCAACUUUCUGGCCAGCCAUUGUGCUCUGAUUGCCUUAAUUCCUUGGUGUUAACACUUGCAAAUUUCAGAUCUUGCCUUAGGACAACAACCACAGAAGACUCCACCAUGAACCUUUUUACACUGAUUUCCAACCAUGAAUUAUCUUACAUUGAUUUCUGACCUUGUUUAAAUUGCAAGGAAAAAUAAAGAAUUCAGUGUCUUUUAAAGCUGUUGGACCACCCACUCCAAACCCAACAUGGUGUAAACAGGCAUGCCUAAAUGACUCUUUUUGACAUCCCUGGAUUUAUGAUAAGAGAGAUGCACCUAUCAACUCCCAUCCUUUUCUCACAUCAGGAAGGAAAGAGGAGCCCAUUGUCUUUCUUCCUUUGAUGCCUGGCACCUAAAAAUUCAUUUUCCAACAUCCAUGAGUAAUCUUAGAAGAAAUACUUUUUUGAUUUAUUUUGAUGACUAAAUUAUGAGAGAGGAGGAAUAAAAUCUGCAAAUUCAUAGAUUACACAAAGAAGGAGAUAGGCGAAAAAGAUUUUUCCUUCCUCCCUCAUGGGCCCCUCAUACUUCCUAUUUGGAAGAGCAACCCCUGCUGUCCCCCUUUCCUACUCUCUGUCUCCCCUUUCCAACAGAAUUUCCCAUCACUGCAAGUCAGCAGGUAUUGAAAGGUAAAUCUUUGCAUUAUCUUUCAUUUUCCUUCUAAGUAGUCCAUACUCCAAUUAUUCUCUUUUCCUCCCUUGGCUUUGGAUCUCUAUGGCUCUUCAUGCCUCUCCAUCCACUUUCUUCCAAACCCCUACAAUUGCUCUAACCCCCUCCUACAAAACUCUCUCACAAUCCUCCAAAACAGUCUGUUCCCCAUUGAAAUUACCCCAGGCUGAAACUUCUUUCUCUUCCUCCUUCUCUAUGAUAAGCCGCAAACACACAUGUACACACACACACCCCUUGCUAAAAAUUAAAACUUCCCUUGAAUACAAACACUACGAUUUUCUAUGCAUCCCAGUGUUGCUAGCUUCACCAUUAACUUUAAAUGCUUGAUUAUCUUUAACCUUAAUCAGUAUGAAUGUAUGAUUCUAAUU